GUUCAUGUAGUAAUGCUACCAUGGUCUGCAUUUGGUCACCUUAUUCCAUUCUUCAAUCUCUCCAUAGCCUUAGCUCAAGUUGGAGAAAUUCAUGUUUCAUUCAUAUCCACUCCGAAAAAUAUCCAAAGACUCCCUAAAGUCCCUCCUAGCUUAACACAUCUUGUAAAACUAGUGGAAUUUCCAUUGCCAAGUCUUGAUGACAAGACUCUUUUGCCUGAAGAUGCUGAAGCUUCUGUUGAUCUUCCUUUAGAAAAAAUCCAGUACUUGAAAGCAGCUUAUGAUCUCCUCCGAGAACCGAUCAAACAGUUCAUUGCUGAUCAAAAACCUGAUUGGAUUAUUGUUGACUUCUUCCAAUAUUGGAUGGGUGAGAUUGCUGAAGCUUAUGAUAUCCCUAUGAUUCACUUCAGUGUUUUCGCAGCUGCUUCAAGAUCUUUCUUGAUUGCUGCAAGAACUUCAGGACCGAUGCCCGAAAGUCUCACCUCACCUUUUUCUGAGAAGCUGCAUUUUCCAUCAACAUUGGCUUACCGGAGUUACGAGGCAGCAGAGUUUUACUCCAUGUGUUACCAAGAAGAUGCCACAGGGGUAUCGUACGCUCAACGUUCCGCCAAGGUAUUGGGUGCAUGUCGAGCUAUGGCUACACGUAGUUGCAAAGAAUUCGACAGUGAUUACUUGGAAGCUGUCCAAAAACUCAUCUGUAAGCCUAAAAUCCCAGUUGGAUUACUAACACCACCAUCAGGGGGAGACCUCAAUCACGAUCAAUCGUUGCAGAGGCUCUUCAAAUGGCUCAACCAACAGAAUCCUCGGUCAGUUCUAUUUGUGGGACUUGGAAGUGAGUGUAAGCCAAAUAGAGACCAAGUAUAUGAAAUAGCUCAUGGGAUUGAGCUCUCUGGGCUACCAUUUUUAUGGAUAUUACAAAAGCCUAGCUGGAGUAAUACUUCAGAUGAUGUGGAUCCUUUGCCAACAGGAUUCGACACGAGGACUGCAGAGAAAGGAGUGGUGCAUGUCGGGUGGGCACCUCAAAAGGAAAUUCUAGCACAUCCUUCUAUCGGGUGGAGUCUACUUCAUGCCGGCAUAGGUUCUAUCAUAGAAACACUGCAACACGGCCAUGUUCUUGUUGCUCUUCCGUUUGUGUAUGAUCAAGGAUUGAAUGCGAGAUUAUUAGUGGAAAAAGGAUUGGGAAUUGAAGUGGAGAGAAACGAAGAAAAUGGAUCAUUUACUAGAAAAGAUAUAGCUAAGGCAUUGACGUAUGCUAUGGUUUCCAAGGAAGGUAAAGAGCUGAGAGCAAGAGCAAGAGAAGCUGCUUCAGUUUUUGGAGAUACACAGCUUCAUAAUUCCUACAUUUCUACCUUUGUUGAGUAUCUAAAAGCUAAGGGGGAAUAA